AGAUCAUUGGAGGCCCCAUUCCAUUCGGUUUAUCAUACAACUGCUCCUACUAGCCCCCUCCGCUCCGGCCCCAGCUUGCUUCUCUUAUCCACCUCAUUCUCCCCGUCCCCUGUGCCGGGCAAGUGUCAAAAGGCGAGGAGGCGGCAGGCGCCGGCGUUCGGGGAGUGGAACUACUGCCACGGCUACGACGAGCCGCCGGCCGAGCGCUACGCCAAGGAGCCGGAGGACUGCAGCGACGUGUGGUUCAAGUACUCGCCGCCUCCGCGCAAGCCGGCGCCCAAGAAGACGAGGAGCGACGUGGCUCGGGAGAAGCAGGGGAGGCGCGCGGGGGCGUUGGAAGGCGGCGGCCUGGCGCGCGCCACGUCCAGAGCCGCCUCCGCGUCCAGGGUGGUGCGGCCGGUCGACGAGGACCUGUACCAGGUGCCUCCGCCGGAGCUCGCCUCCCGCCAUUACCGACCAAGACGGAAGAGGAGCCUGUGGAUAGAAUGCCUGGGCCUCAACUCGUGCGUCGCCUGAACGCCUGUGGAUGGGAUGCUGCAUGCUCCUUCUCAACUAGAAGUAGAUUGAUUGAUCGGCCGGUCGGAUGCUUGUGUUUUGUUUCGUGAUCUCUUGGGCUAUUUAUUUCCACCGCAAAGUUUGUAUCCCAAGAUUAGUAGCAGGUCUGGUCUCGUUCCUAGGCUGGGCUGGGUCGAUGUGUUGUGAGUAUAGAUUCUGGGGCUUUUUGUUUA